AUGACAUCGGAUACCGAGAUUACCAGAAAAAUUCCAGCUGGAAAAGUAGGAUGGACGAUGGGGAAAGAUAUGUUCAAGAUUCCUUCAUCUUUAUGCGGCGAGAUCUAUAAUUGCUCAAGCUUUGACGCCGAGGCGACAAGUGUUGCCUGCACUUGUUCAUGCCCCAGCCAUUCCGCAACUUUCAUUUUUCACAACGAGACAAGGGGUUGUCAAAACAACAAGGACGUUCGUGCUCUAUUGGGUGAGUGAACUGUUUAAAAAUUUGUAAGUAAUAAAUUCUGAAAGACUAAGAGAAGAUCCCUCUUCUAAUUCUAUGAAAAAGCUAGAUUAAAUGAGUUUCCGCUAUGGCUUACAAACGUCAUGGCAAGCGUCAUAGAGUAACUUUUGCGGGAAACAACCCUAUUAAAUGUUAACCGCAAAAGAUCAGUGGUAAAACUAAUAGUAUGCAAACAGGAUUUCAAACUCUGGAUCUUUCAAUAUUCCUGUCAAUAUUUAUGUAAGGGCGAGGGAUUCUGAAGACGUAACUACUUGACUACCUAGUCUUUAGUAACAAUGCUUUAUAGUUUACCCCUUCUCUCUGCCCUUCGUUUCCAAUCUCAACAUGCACCAAUGCUGGAAUGCAUGUAGUAUUGAUCAUUAGAACAAAAAUCAAAAGUUGACCCUCCUUUGUCCUGAGAAAAUAAAUUUCUUUGUUGAAUGAUAAUUUAUGUGAUAUUAAGAUUUAGAUCCCCUUCGAUGACUGUUCAUUUUGAUUAUCGUUCUUUAUUUUUCUUAAAACCACAAUCUCGCGACACCUGUAGUCCCCCAGGAGGCUUUACAAGCCUAUUAGUUAUCCUUCUCUGUGUCCUUAAAUAGUUCUAAACUUUCGGUGGCUUUGUUAGCAGGAGGGGACGAAAAGACACCAGUCUAUUUAAAAAACGAGAAUAUCAAGGAAGAACUGCGUAUAUUGAAAUUCGACGACAAGAAGAAAGUAAAGUUAAAUGAGGACAGCGGUAGUUGUAAUGUAAAUGCACAGUACUCCAGCUAUUUCAGAUGUGAUGGCGCUGGAGAUGUCCUUCCCGCAAGCAACACAUUCAGAAUCAUUCGGGGAGAUGAUAAUUACUUUCUUAAGGUAAAAGAAAAAUUGACUUAUAGUUAAUUCAAAAAAAUUUAUGAAUCAUCUUGCAGCCUUUCACGCCCCGCGAACCACAGAGACUUAUGAUAAUUAGAUGACCAAGCACUUCUGUCAAGACCCUAUAAUUAUGACACAAUUCUAAAAUUAUAGGAGUAUAAGAAGUCAACGACAUCGCCACUUAAGUCUUACUCACUUUUGUAUAUGCAAACAACAUGUUCACUAAUUAAAAAGUACUAUACUUAGUCAGAUUUCACAGCAUUGACUGGGAAAACCCUUUCCAUGCCGUAUUAAUUUAUAAGAGAGUUUUCCGGUUGAGAACCGGUAAAACAAAAGAUGAAAGAGAACAGAAAGACCGAUUAGUAAAAAACAACUAAAAUAGCAACCCACUUGUUGUGCGGCAAAAAAACCAAGGGCAACCAACAUACGAUUUGUUUUGCUUUUGCCUCUGAUUGCUUCGGUGAUUGAAGCGAGAUUAAUUUACAGAACUAAUCAGAGAGCACAGAUGAACGAUAACAAUAGACUUCGAGAAAAUAGAAGAAACUAAAAAUAAAGUGAACGAAGAACUUUGCAAAAAACUUGGCUUGUGUAUAAUUUCGUCGAUAUUUAAAUACGACACAUCUCAUGUAAAUAUUGAUAAUUAUUGACCGCACCUUUAUUUUGCGUGUAGGUGAUGAACACAGCAAGCGUACGUAGAUUCCGUAAAGGGUAAAAUAAUGUUAUUAUUGACCGAAUCUUUAUGUUCCGUCUAGGUGACUGACACAACGAGCUUUGAUUCCAUAUCGGGUAGAAUCAUUAAACUGACAAUAAACUGCAAGAGAGGAAGGAAGACCAAGAGCUUCGUUUUGCUGUUUAAGUAUGAAGGAUCUUUCAAUUGUAAGUUUAAGUUGAUAUUCUGUAUCUCCCGUACUUUGUUAGAUUUUUUUAUCCCCUUUUACUUUCUAAAACUGAGUAUUAUCUUUAACUCGACAAUCUAUACUAUGAAUUUCAAUGUGGUAAGAAAACGUGUACCAGAAUUUUCAGAAUGUGCUAAGGCCAUGCAAAAACUGCGUACAAUGCGGAUUAUUACUGAAUGUAGGUGUUCCUAUUCACGCCAAUCAUGUCCUUUUCUUGUUACUUGAACGGAAAUAAAUUUUAUCGCAAAAGGAGCAAGGUUUAUCUCAGUGUGUUGGAACUUGCCUUAGCUUAGUUUACGUGUAGAAACACACUUUAUAAGGCUCAUUUGAAAUCAUUAUCUGAUUCGGAUAUUUCAUUCCUACUUCACAUAAUUCUGAUGAGAAACCAGUCAGGCCUUCUCUUGUUAAAAGCGUCUCAGUGGUAAAUGCAAUGAGUCAUAUCGCUUGCACCCUUAAAAAUAUCCAUGACCUCAACAUAUUUCCAUUUAAGGUACCAUACCAACACCAACAUUACAGCCCACAGCCACAGCAGAGCCAUUGGGUACAUCUUCUCUUUCAUCUCAAUCACUGAAAACGAGUGCAAGAGAACAUGCACCAUCGACUUCCCAUGUUCCGUCGACUAUUCCUUUCACUGUAUCUAUGGUUACUGAUCCGUUAAGGACACCAUCUUCUACACUGCCAACAACCUUCGGUGUUGGCGAAGCUUCACCAACUACUUUAGCAAAGCGGCCGACGACAUCAGAUUCACCAUCUGAAGUAAGAAUACAUUUGAUCUGAUUAAACCGAUAGACAAUGGGCUUUAUUUUGUACGUGCGACUAAAACUUCUCAGGAGAGAAGUUGUAACAUGUUGUGCUUAUCGUCUACAGGAUCCUGUUGUCACCCGUCGCGAUCCCGGCUUAGAACGAAGAACAGGUGGAAAAUCAUCCCCUAUGGCCCUCAUCGCGGGUGUAACCGUCGCCAUCUUGGUUAUUCUUGUCAUUAUUGCCGUCCUGGUCUAUCGACACCGACAUUCAGUGUAAGAAUUCUUUUAAGAGCCUUACCACUGAGUGAGCCACGAGUUGAUACACUGCCGCAGGUUUUCUGGCUCACUUCCAAUUCGACCUCGUUCCCAGGGCACCCUUUCCCAACUUUACAGGAAACGCCCUUCAAACAUAUAGAUCUUUGGCUAUGGAUGCAUUUUUUUAAAGAUGCCAUAUAUUUUUUUGACAGGGAUAAGUUCAACUCUGGUAAAGAAAGCGAAGAGAAAAAGGUACGUAUAAAUUAUAUACUUAAUUCUAGUUUGGCCUCUUACUGCUUUUCAAGCCUUAAACUCAGCUUUUAUUGUUGUCUCAGAAAACAGCAACGAGAAGUCUGGACGGAGUUACAUUGGAUACACUGGAUAACGAGGAUCAUUACAAAGCGCUUACGUUAAGAGAACCAGGUUAGUAAAAACCACCUUUCAUCGUCAAUUAAGUUUGUCCUAAUCUGUGAACACUGCAGCAACCACCACUAAUUUUUUUAUCGAAGUGUUUCAUGAUUAUACUUAGCACUGGAAUAGAUAGAGAGCCAUCCUUGAAUGGAUUAAAGAAUCCUACAGGAAUAUGACAGGAAUGUGACCGACCCAUUAAGAGAUCCAUAACAAGAAUGCUUCAUUCUGUAUACGUCAUAAAGAAAUGAACUUAUCUGAAUAUUAUAUCUUAAAUGUUUUGUACCUUAAGCUGUGUAUGCGUCAGGCUAUCAAGUACCCGUUCGCGAUGGAGAAGCACACUUAAGUAAUUCCAGCAGAAAUGAUCAUAACGAAGGACAUUUCUACGCUCCUUUGAAUAUUUCUGAAGGAAAAAACAUCAAUGGUCACAAAAACAACCAGGAAAAAGUAAUCAAGGAUACGAGGCCUAAAAUGAAUGGCCCCAUAAGCGUACACCAACGUGUUUAUGAUCUAAUGGAGGAACUAGUCGUGGACCCUUUGAAAGAACCUGUCAAGGGUGGUGGAAAUUCCAGCAAAAAUGAUCAUAACGAAGGACAUUUCUACGCUCCUUUGAAUAUUUCUGAAGGAAAAAACAUCAAUGGUCACAGAAACAACAAGGAAAAAGUAAUCAAGGAUACGAGACCUAAAAUGAAUGGCCCCAUCAGCGUACACCAACGUGUUUAUGAUCUAAUGGAGGAACUAGUCGUGGACCCUUUGAAAGAACCUGUCGAGGGUGGUGGAAAUGGCACUGAACCAGUGUACAACGUUUUGGAGGGGUCAUGUCUCGAUGGGUCUCAAAGCCCCGCCUACUUUGGUAUCACGUCAGACUCUACAGACGGGCUACAUUACAACUACAUUGACAAAGGCAAUCAUCCUAUGAGCAACGUUUCAGAGCAAAAAGAAUCAAGUUAUUAUGCUACAACGGGCUUAACAGAGCCUGUUUACAACACGUUAGAGGCACCGGUCACUGAAAAUGAUGGUGACCCCGUGUACAACGUUUUGAAGGCUCCUGAAGAUGCAUAA